GGGAGGCGAUGGCGGCGCGGCCGGAGCUGCGGGAGGAGCUGGAGCGGCGGCUGCGGGACCUGGGCAUCGCCACCGUCACGGCAGAGCACCCCCAGGUGUUCACUGUGGAGGAAAUGAUGCCCCACGUCCAGCACAUGAAAGGAGGCCACAGUAAAAACCUGUUUCUUAAAGACAAAAAGAAGAAAGGGUUCUGGCUGGUGACCGUCCUGCACAACAGGCAGGUCAAUUUGAACGAUCUGGCUAAAAAACUGGGCCUUGGCAGUGGGAACCUCAGGUUUGCUGAUGAGAACUCCAUGCUGGAGAAGCUCCAGGUGGGCCAGGGCUGUGCCACGCCACUCGCCCUCUUCUGUGACCAGGGGGACGUGAGGCUGGUGCUGGACUCCGCCCUGCUGGAAGGGGGCCACGAAAAGGUGUAUUUUCACCCAAUGACAAAUUCUGCAACCAUGGGAUUAAGCCCUGAGGACUUCUUGAAGUUUGUGAGAUCAACAGGCCACGACCCCAUCAUCCUACACUUCGAUGAAGAUGUUAACUAGAGGAAGUUCACUUUUCUACUGCUAGACAUAGAUUUGGUAAACUGGUGAAAAUCUUGUUACAAAUAAAACUUGAAAAAAAGACUUAUUCCUUUUUCAUAUUUUUUUUCAAUUGUGUAAAUUUAUAAUGGACAAUCUCGUGAGAAAAAAUACCAUCACUGAGUUAUUAGAAGUUCAGCAAUGUUCUUAAAAAGACCUUUGCAGUCUGUAUGCACUAAGUAUAAACUUUAGUAUAAAUUAACUCAUGUUUGCACUAGGUAACUAUUAAGUAUAAAAGGCAUUAUUUAAAUAACUUUAUAAUCUUUGUUAAUGAAACAGAUAAAACUGGAACGUCCCAGGUGUGGGACUGGCCUUGAAGGUUUGAACUUAACAUGAAGAGAGGGGAGCAGUGAAGGUGAGGGAUGGAACCUGAAGGUGAUGGGGGGUGAAGGCUUUUGAGUGCAGCCUAAUGAAAACGUCACACAAACGCUGGCUCUGGGGCAGCCAAGAGCAUCAGCAGCAGCUGAGGUGAGCAGAAACCAACCCCCAGGAGUGCAGAUUAAAACACAUCCAAGGAGCUGUGAUCUUGGAAGAAUGAACAGUUACUAUUAUCUGAGUAAGAAGAAGUGUCUUCUGUGGCAAGGCAGGUUUCUCCCCCUCCUCCUUACCGUGGUCUCCUGCAUUUUGGAAGGAUCUGGCACCUGUUCUCAGAGCUCCUGGUGACAGAACACUCACCAUCCAGCAGGUCAGAGUCCUCCCUCCACCUGGUCAGACACCAACCAACCCCAGCUAUCAGAGGAGUCAUCUCAGUGGGACAGAAGGGACCUAAAAACGCUGCAGCUGGAGGAAGAGUCACUAGAAAGAUGUCCAGUAACAUUUAUCUUACCCUCUGCCUGCUACUACUCUCCCUCCCACUAAAGGUUUUUCUCUUUCUUCUACCCCAAAAUCCCUUUUCCCUUAUUAAAAAAUGAGGAUUAGACUUGACUUGUCAGGGGUUUUAAAUCUACAGUAUUUUAAAUGGGACAAAUUGAUUUAAAGGCAUGUGCACAAUCCUAGAACCUGCACUGCCUGAAGUGUAACUGUUUUUGUCCUCAGGGGGAUCCUGAGACUUGACAGAAAUAACCCCCAAGCAAAACUAAAGCUUCAAAUACUACACUUGUCAAAUCUAUAAUGAUUUCCUUUUGUCUUUACUUACGAAAUUAGUGUUGUUUUCUUUGGUGUUUUUUUUUUUUUUUAAUAA